AUAUGUGAAAAAAGGAUUCUGGCUUGUGUGUGCAAUCCUAACUAAAAUGGACCCUGAGACUCUAUAAGUAGAAUAAUCUGCAUUUACAAGCUGCCAUCUUCCAUUUGGGCCACUUUCAAGAAUAAGCACCAGUUUUCAUGUAAUUCGUAAGUGAGGGUGCCUGAGGGGAAAGACAAGAGAGGACGAGGCAGAAAGUAAUUGAACGUCCCAAGUGACUGAUCCCCCCGGAAAGGAUGCUGGCUACCGGAUGGUUCAUUAGAACUACAUUUUAGAAAGGGAAACAAUCUCAGCAGGACACCUUCCGUGGCUUCCAGAUUCACCAUGGCCUCGAUUCUCUGGCUGGACGGCUGAAGUCACUGUGUGUCCAAUACUUGCUCUUUGUCUUUGGGCCGACUCCUGGUACCAUCUGCUCACAGGAUCUGGUGGGAAUCACAUGCUACCAAAAGUUGGAAUCUGGAGAGAGAUGGACUCUGACAAGCUAAAAUGGAAGUAACUUGACAGCUUCAAUCCCUACAGUUGACUCUUGUAAGGACAAGUUAAGAGUGGGAAUACAAACGUGUCUGGGAGAGCAGUAUGCAGGAAGCUGGUUUUCAGGCCACAAACGCUUUCACAGAGUGCAAAUUCACCUGCACCAGUGGUAAAUGCUUGUAUCUUGGCUCGCUAGUCUGUAACCAACAGAAUGAUUGUGGGGAUAACAGUGAUGAAGAGAACUGUCUGCUAGUAACUGAACAUCCUCCUCCUGGCAUUUUCAACUCUGAACUGGAGUUUGUCCAGAUCAUCAUCAUCAUUGUUGUGAUCACGGUGAUGGUUGUGGUGAUCAUCUGCUUGUUGAAUCACUACAAGCUCUCAACACGGUCCUUUAUCAAUCGGCAGAGUCAAAACAGGAGGCAAGAAGAUACUUUGCAGCCGGAAGGGUGCUUGUGGCCUUCAGACAGCUCAGUGCCACGACAGGCUGCUUCCGAGAUUAUGUACGCCCCCCGGACUAGGGACAGAUUUACGGCACCGUCGUUUAUGCAGAGGGACCGUUUCAGCCGCUUCCAGCCCACCUACCCUUACGUCCAGCACGAGAUUGAUCUUCCUCCCACCAUCUCCCUGUCUGAUGGGGAGGAGCCCCCACCCUACCAGGGACCCUGCACCCUGCAGCUUCGGGAUCCUGAACAACAGAUGGAACUCAAUCGAGAAUCUGUCAGGGCCCCUCCCAACCGAACUAUAUUUGACAGUGAUUUGAUAGAUAUUUCUAUGUACAAUGGGGGCCCGUGCCCACCAAGCAGCAAUUCGGGCAUAAGUGCAACCAACUGUAGCAGUAACGGCAGGAUGGAAGGACCACCCCCCACGUACAGCGAGGUGAUGGGCCAUUACCCCGGCUCCUCUUUUUUCCAUCACCAGCACAGCAACACCCAGAGGGGAAGCAGACUUCAGUUACAGCAGAACAAUUCAGAGAGCACAAUAGUACCUAUCAAAGGCAAAGACAGGAAACCUGGCAACCUGGUCUGAUUUCCUCCUCUGGGCGCUUGAAGGGAAGAGAAGAGAAGAGAAAGCGAUAGAUGGGAGAAGGCAGCCUAUCUAGGCCUGCCUCCUGUGCACAAUGUUUUGAAGUUUUACAUGGUACACCUGAGUAAAACCAAAUGUGCAAAAGUGUUCUUUGUUUCUGAUUCCUUUCAGGGGAAUUGCAUGCAAAGUGGAUUGAAAUAUUACAGACUUCCAUUCAGGUUGACCAUGAACAGUGGCUUUU